AUGUUGAUUCCCUUCUUGGGGAUCUUCGUGGGCAUGACUCUCUGGAGUCAGUGGUUCCCCAUCCCGGGGUUCACUGUUCCAGGGCAGUCGUUCGUGCGGCGUCUGUCUGGUACGUUCCAGCUGACGAUGGAAUCUUGGGCCUUCUGUGACGUGGUUCACGUUGUUGCCUCCGAGUGCGGACAUGCUUCCCGGCGCGAGCAUCCUGUAUGGGAGUCGCGCUCUCACGUUGGCCAUGGGUAUUCAAACUCGACGGACAUGGUUCUUUUCCUUGGUACGGAUAUCAUCGUCCGGCCUGAGCUGGUCGAUGAUAUGCCGUCCUGGUUUCCAACCCCGUUCCUGGUACCCAUCCCGGUUUCCUCUUGGUCAAGCGACGGAGUGACAUCUUCUGAUCCCAAGGAGUUUGUCGACAUCCACUCGCCUAGGUCCAAACCCGGGCAAGGUUUCGUCGCCACGUUGUUGUUUAUCGCUAUAUGGUGCUUCGUCCAGAUCCCCUGGGCUUUGAUUGCUUACUCACGGCAAUUGUUCUCCGGUCUUGAAACCUUGAUUGAGUGGACUCUGAAGGCUCUCGAGGGCCAACCGCAGAUUGCACGUGUGCAAUUUGUGGCCGAGGAUGAUUCAUCUUCCUUUGAAAGGGAGAUGGAUCGUCUGCUCGCGGGCCCGACUGAAACGGAUGAGGAAAUUCUUGCUUGGGUCAUGGCUGCAGACAGUUGUCCCGAGUCUGUGUCUCAUGUGUCGGUUCUCUCUCUGUUUGCCGGUAUCUGGGUCCACCGGAUCACCAAAGGCCUGGGAGAUGAGCCGUCACUGGACCCGGAAUCGGCCUGCGAUUCCAUAAUACCGGUUAACACUACGGAUGACGCUCGCACGAACUUGGUUUCUCGGCACCCUUGGAACUCGAGUGAUAUCUACGCCUCCGACCAGUCCGAUUCUGAGGCUCCGGCUGCGGAAUCGACUGGUAACGGUGCGGAAGAUGAGCGUCCUGUUUCCACCCCGCGGCACUACAGGAGGAAAUGCCGUCCGUCGCAAGCAAAGAGACGUCGCGAUGCAAAGAAAGCACAACAGGAAAAGAAGGAACUAAAACAUUCCAAUGUUUUAGCCUCUUACGCUUCCAGUGCUUCUCUUGCGAUGUCUUCGAGCUCGACGCCUUUGUCGGCUGUGGCUCCGGUCUUCGUUCCUGGCCGUCUGGAGGAGCAGGGUGAUCCGCAGAGUGGUCCUCUCUCUCCAACUCCCUUGUUCGCGAAUGUGGGCAUUGAUACUCCUACGGACUGUGGUACGACUUCGCCCAAUGAUGUCCUUCCCCAGCAGUCCCGCGGCCGUCGCCGUCGACAGCGUCCUGCCUAG